AUGGGUUGCAAUGAGUACGAUGGAAUUUCUUUCUAUCGCUGCUUAUACAGAACGGAUAAUGCUGUGAAAAAUCGAUUUUCCACCCUAUGCAAGAAAAGAGCAAAGCAUGAGGGGUUAGCAAAAGAGAACAACACUUCAUACAUUAACCUGAACAAUAAAAGGGUCAUAUUCACCAAGUUCAAUAUAGACGGAAUAUCAGACACUGCAGCGCCCCAUAAGAAGAUGAGGUAUAAUUGAUUUUGUUUCAAGUUUCCAUAAAAUUGUCAAUAGGGCGAAAGUGUUACUCUAACCACAGGUUGUUAUGAUUUAGGAGGAUCAACUACUCUGAUAUCACAGAAAAUUGCAAUCAGGGAGAAAGACUACACAAGGAAUGUGGAACAACAAAUCAGCAGCUAAGACCUCCAUUUGCAGUGCUAGUUCAAAACUUUCACAAUGUAGGUAACUUGCCAAGUCAGCAUCAAGUAAUCAAGAAGGAGACCUUCAAUGAUGGAGCUAGUAAUGACAAGAUUAACGGAUUUGUUAAGAAGGAUGAUCCAAGGAUAUUUGCGUUGAUGCAACAAGCAGAACUACUCAGCUCGCUUGCGUACAAAGUAAAUUCAGAGAACACAGAUCAGAGUCUUGAAAAUGCUUGGAAGGUCCUCCAAGA